AUGAGAUAAAGUAUAUUUGCAAUCCAAAUAAUGAAGAACCUGAAAUUCCUUUUGAAGAGGAUGGUAAAAGAAAUAAAUAGUUUUGAAAGGAUAUUUUUGAUAAUGUUCCUUUUAUGUUCUAGAUGUUAGCUUUGUAAAUAAAUAAUUCAUAUUAUUUUAGGUCAUAUUUUUUAUUAAUAAUAAUUGCAACUCUAUUAGUAAAAUACACUUGAGAUUUACAUUUAGAGUAUUUAUAGGUUUUUGGAGAAGGAAAUAAGAAACCAAAUUGGAUUAAUCAUGAGAAAUCUGUUGAUUAUCAUCCAACUGUUAUGCAUGCUGAAUGUGAUACCCUUGGAUAAGGUAUGAUAUCAAAACCAUUUUGGUUUAUGAUAUUUUAUGGUUUAUGUUCGAUUUUAUUUGGUAUGCUUUUGGAUAAUUGCUAUAAAGUAUUUGGAUAAUUUUAAUAAUCUAUUAAAUUUAAUUAGUUAGGUAUUGAUGAUGCAAAAUUAACUGUUCUUGGUUCAGUUUAAGCUGUAUGUAAUGGAGGUUCAAGAUUUGGAUAGGCAGUAUUAUUUGAUAAGAUUGGUUUCAAAAAAGUUUAUUUAAUAAUAGCAGUUAUAAACUUAAUUUUUACUGUAGUUAUUGGUUAUAUAAAUGAUAGUUAUGCGGUUAUGGUGGAGUCUUUUGGAUUAUAUUGGAUUUUGUUGUGUUACUUUCAUAUAAGGAAUAUUAUUUAAAGAGGAGCAUGA